GAGAUCUUUACUUCGCUGUCAAAACAAAAUCGUCUCUAUGGGCAUGUCCACUACACACCUUGUUUCCAUGAAUCGAUUAUGGUUUCCUAGCACAACCUUUCAAAUCAACACGGAAAGAACUGCUUUUCUAUGCAUUGUGUGAAGAUAAAUGACGUACGCAGCGAUGUAAAAACUGAUUUUCUUUCAUAGUUGAAAGGCCACAAUCAGCAGCCAAAAAGUUUGAUUUGGGUUUCUUUUGGCUAUCAUUUGGCCAAUUAAAAGCAAUUUGACAUUUUUAGGUAACAAAAAUCAACAGGAAAUCACAUUUAGCUUUGUUAUAAUUGUUCAUUUGUAAUUUUUAAAACUUCUGUUUGAAGUAAAUGCAUAUUUGCAUAUAACAAAGCAGAUGUUCUCUGACAUGUAUUGCAACAGACCUUUUACUUUUUUUCAAGGUAAAAAACACGUUUAAAAGUAUCUUGUGCCGAAGAAUUUCCAUUGAAAGUCCAAGUUCCAUACCAGAGAAACAUGGCCACUAAAGGACAAAUAUUAAAGUACAUUUUAGGAUUUAUACUGGCUGUCCUGCUGGAAGUAUGUGUUGCGGAAAACCUUCAAUUCCCAGACGAACAGACACAUCAUAUUGAGAAAAGAGAAGCUGUGUCACCAGGAUUUACUACACGAAUGGCUACAAGUAAAGCAGCACCACCAACAACAACAACAAAGACAACAACAACAAUAUCACCAACAACAUCAACAUCAACAUCAACAACAACAAUAACAACAACAACAACAACAACACCAACACCAACAUCAACAUCAACAUCAACAACACAAACAACAACUAAAGCAACAACAACACAUACUACUGCUACACCACCAACAGUUCUUCAAAUGUCAAUGAGAAUAGAUCAAAUAUUUGACACCAGUCUUACCAAUGAAACUGGAACGAAGUACAAAUUUUAUGUCGAUAACAUUGAAUUCGCAAUUGACACGAGUUACAAGGAUCUGUCUACUUACAUUAAAGGUUCAGUAAACGUAACUGGCUUCAGGUCUGGUAGCAUUAUAGCAGACUACACGAUCAAAACAGUCAACAACAACAGCAUCAGUGUUGAUUUAUCAUCAGCAAACACACAGGUUUCUAAGAUUCUCUCAAAAGUGGGAAUCCCUGUAGAUCCAGACGGUUUUUCGGAGAGAAACGAAACAAAAAUGACCACCAAAGAUAAAUAUUAUCCUCAGCAAAGUAUGGAACUAAGGUGUUCUUAUCCAAAAUCUGUUCUUGGAAGAAUUACAUGGUUAGUAAAGAAAAAAGAUCCUGAAGAAAACAGUGCAAAAUACACCAUUACAAAUAAUGGUAGCGGAAGCACUCUCUUAGUGAAAGAUGUUAGUGAAAAUGAUAUUGGUAUAUACUCGUGUAUCAUACAAAGAAGCACGAUACAAAUACCUUAUGUUCAGUGGCAAAAAAUUGUUAUUGAACAACGUCCCAAUAUCAUAGUGGAUAAAACUGAAAUAAGGUUGCCAUGUACAGAUCAAGAUCAGACUGUCACAUUAAGAUGUUGUGCUCAACACUACUCAAUUGAGUGGGAUCGGAUUCCUUUUGGGGGUGAAUUGACAAAACCAGAGCCUGACUGUAUCACAUUACAGCAUAAAAUCUUGAGCACAAGUUGUGAAUCUAAUGAAAUUGCAACAUGUCGUCUAAAGAACAUGAAAGAAUUAGAAAUGUUUGAGUAUUACAAGAAAAUAAUCCAUGUUCAGACAGUCAGAGAUUUUGACUGUAAAAAUCAAUCGCUUGGAGUUGGAAAAUUAGGUGACUUUGUAACAGGUCCCUGUGUUAAAGGCCUGGAAGGCCACAUAACUUAUCAAUGUGAACAGGCAAAUUCUACCUUUGCUUGGAAACCUACACAGAGUGAAUGUGUAGUUGAAUCUAUCAAAGACCUUGAAAGGAAAGCUAAGUUCUUGUCUGAAGAAGAGAUUCCAGGUUUUAUGUCAACCCUCAGUAAAGCUGCAGAGCAGAAUAAGGUUGAGAUCACACAAUCUGCUCCAACUGUCCGAACAAUAGUUGAGAUGCUAUUCAAAAUUGCAGAAAUCUCACAAACUUUUAACAUUAAUGUCCCUGUGAUAAAGGAUUUUCUUAAAACAGUGAUUUUAAUUGUAGCAGAUGAAUCUAAAAACACUUGGGCAGAAUUAAAGAAUGGUCAGAAAACAGAAAACAGAGGCACUGAACUUUUACAAGAAAUUGCGAAAAUAAGUGAUCGUCUCUCAAAUGACAAUUUUAUGUUCAAUGAAGGGUCCAUUCAGUUGAAUAGAACAACAAUUAAAAGCUCAUUCAUCGGAACGUCUCUACUACCAAACUCAACUACUCAGAUGGUGAUACCAAAUGUUGUUAAAUCAGCCCUUACAAUAACCAUUAUUGUUUUCACAAAGCUUGACUAUGUUCUGCCUACUCGCACUAAUACUAUUAAUGACAACAAAACAUCAGAAAACCGCAUUAAUGGAGACGUGGUUGUGAUUAAGGCAAAGGUUUAUAAUACCAUUAACAACAUUUUGCUUACUUUUGACAAGACAAAUACAUCAUUAGGAAAUCCCCAGUGUGUUUUUUGGAACUUUGAUCUCGACCGAUGGGAUUCAACUGGAUGUAAGGUCAAGAUCUCAGGAAAUGAAGCGGACAAGGUCACAUGUGAAUGCACUCACAGAACUUCUUUUUCAAUCCUGUUUUCACCAGUUGCAAAUGAAGACCCUUUUGAACAUGCAGACUUAGCCUAUAUAACAUACAUCGGAGUAGGUAUUUCUAUAGCCUGCUUGGUUUUUUGCCUUUUUCUUGAGAUGUGUGCAUGGAGAUUGAUGACAAGAAAUAGCACGUAUUACAUGCGACAUGUCUCCAUAGUCAACAUUGCUGUGUCUCUCCUAAUUACUGAUAUCUGUUUCAUCAUUGGAGCUGCGAUUGCAGAUCAAGACAUAACACAAGAUCAGAUGAUCUCCGUGGCUCAAUGCAGUCCAGUGGUUUUCUUCAUGCAUUUUUUUUAUUUGGCUCUUUUCUUCUGGAUGUUCUUUUCAGCACUUUUGCUUCUUCACCGCAUUGUCACGGCCCUUUCUCAAAUGUCAAGGACUAAAAUGAUGAUCAUUGCCUUCACAAUUGGUUAUGGUGCACCUUUGCUCAUAGCACUUAUAACUGUUGCAUCCACAGCUGGAGCUGAAAACUAUGUUUUAAAAAAAAAUGCAUGCUGGCUGAAUUGGACUGAAUCUAAGGCCCUGCUGGCAUUUGUGAUUCCAGCUCUGACUAUUUUUGCCUUUAUGUGUGUGGUCUUGUGCAAGAUUUUAAGGAGAAGGGUUGGUGCUACAUCCCAACCAGAUGAAAGGGAUGUUCUUGUUGCCACUGUCCGAUUUGUGGCCACUCUAACUCCUAUCUUUUGCCUAACAUGGGGAUUCGGGAUUGGAACAAUGGUGUCACCUGACUUUGUUAUUCAUGUGGUUUUUUCCGCACUUAAUUCACUGCAGGGGCUAUGUCCACCGUGGCGCAUUUACGUGGCUGAAAACGGAGGAGCUCGGCUGAAAACGGCCGCUGCAGGCGCAGUGUUGUCCCCAAAGUUGAACAUUUUUCAACUCUGGGUGCUCGGUCUAACGCCGGCGCUUAUCGUGGGAAAACGCAUAGCACCAGGGCUGAGCGGGGAUUGUUUGUUUUGGUGUUUGGGACACUUUCUGACAGCAAGGUCCUAGAGUCACUGCCAGGAAAGCUUAUACUGUACAACUUUGGUUCCGGUCGUACCAGGCGAAAUAAUCCACUGGCAUCAACCACUAGUCGCUUACAAAGGAUGAAUGUGGCCAAUACAUCUGGAACCCGAAGUC